AUGAGUGGCGAGCGUGUGCGGGAGUCUUUGUAUGCGUUUCGGCAGCCCCAAACGAAACCUCAUCUCGCCUUAGGCCACGGGUAUAGCCCUAACACGUCCAAAUCGGUCUUGUAUACUGAAAAGCCUCACAGUUUCAGCACGCCUUCCCUUGUCCGUAUUGCCUCCGCAUCGCCGCUGCCGCAAAGAGCUGUGACUCCCACGCAGCCAUCUCCCACACGCCGGGCAACUCCUUUGCAACCCCUACACGACACGCCAACGUCUUCCUCGCCUGGCGGUUGGAUUCGGCGUUUGCGAAAAUCGCGGAGUGCCACCACAUUGUCGUCACGCAAAUGGAAUUCCAAGCCAAGGUCGCCUGCGCCGCAGAGUGCAAAUAAAUCUACGCGUGCUUCCCCCAUUGAGUCGCAAAUACAAACGCCCAGUCGAAUGCCUACCAAUGAUUCUAUUCCAGGGUCGUCUCAGCGUGCGACAACGCGCAGUAUUCCCAGCUGUGAUCUCUCUUUGAGCCCUGCAAGUUCUCUGCAUCAACUUUCCUAUUCGAUGGAACCAAAUGUGUCAUUGGGCAAUACAAACGGCAACGUGGGCUUGUCACGCCCUUCUCAAGAUGUCAUGCAAUACGGCGUGGAUUGUGACACGUCACAUAUGAGUUUCAACAACUCUACCAUGUCACCUACCUCGUCUCUGGUGGAGGAAGAACCUCGUCCUGCAUUUUCUUCAUCGCAAACGCCUGAAGCUGAUGAAUUGUUUGGGGCCACGACACAUGGCGUCAAUGUCAUGAAGCCGAACAGGCCAUCUAAGGCGUCUAUUUCCAACGCACUUUUACUCGAAGAUCUACCACGACUUCCAUACAAGCAAACAUCCUCGUAUGCACGCAAAUCCUGGACAGAUCCCGCCGCGCGUCAAAGGGCAGGCUCUGAACCGUCUAUUAAUGACUUGAAAAGCGUGUCUCCGAUGGCACCACGUGUUGUAUGUGUGGAUCAAGCGUCCUCAUCCCAAGUUUCGCCUCUACAUCGCGGCGUUCCCCUGACAAUAAGCUCGCCGCAUCUUAAACAUUCGCAGGAGGUGCCAUCGCCCACGUCAACUGUUUCGCCUGAACGUCAGUGUUUGUUUAAUGUAACGCCCAGUCCCUCUACCGACUUUGAUUCCUCGAAGUGCGCGCCCGAUCCAUUUGCUCGUCGCUUACCUGUGAGACCACAGUCCCCGGCAAACGAUCCAUUCAUCUCUUUCUCACCGCAUAGAGACCAUGAUGGCUCUGGAGCAGAUCAGUUGCCAUCAAAUGUCACGCCCGCGACUGAAAACACACUUAGAAGACCAUCUUGUGACCAAAUCCGUGAACCGCCGUUGGUACCGGGCAGACGAAAUGACUCACAAUCUGAAGCAUCGACGACAGCCUCCAUGUCGCGUCAAGAGUACUUGCGGCCUUCGUUCCAAACGUCAGGUGAUCCAUCUUCGUCUCCUUCUACAUCGACAAGCGUCCACAUGACGCCAGUGGAUUUCGAGCACGCUGCACCCAUUCAUAUUGAUGAUAUGCUUCAGAGUGCAUUGAAUGAGGCGUCGACUUCAGCCACUAGCACCCCUGCUGGGUUUUCAGACCGGAAAAUUGCGCCAACAAACUCAGGAACAUCGUCAAACCCGAAAACGCACUUGGCUCAUAAUGGAUCAUCAGAGGCGGACAAAGAACUCUCACCACCGUCACCAACAUCUACCAAGGCGACUAAUCCGAUCGACAGUAUGUCAAUAAGAAUUGAACAAUUUCAGGCCCAACAAGCGUCACUACGUGGUUCUAUUGAGUCAUCAAAAAUGGAAAUUGUUCGGCUCCGUGAACAAAUCCGGGCUUUUCGCAAGGAAGUUGGCGGCGAAUGCGAUGUGGAUAGUGCCGCGCUAUCGAAUGCGCAUGCGGACAAGGGUGGUUCUGAUUUAUUACCAUCUCCGUCUUCUCUAACACCUGGUCAACAUCUUCGUCUACGCGAUAGCCUUUCGUCGAUGGAUGACCUUGACCGGCGCCUGUCUGACAUGUUGGCGAGCCAUGCCACUGUUACUUGA